AUGCCUUGCUGCACCGCGCGGCCGCGCGCGGACGAAACACCGACUGCAGGGCCAGAAGCUGGCGUGCCCGAGGCCCCCGUGAAGCUCGGGGCGACCAAGUCCCUGAAGAGCGAUGUCUCGAAUGGUCAGGUCACGUACCGCCGGUGCUCGCUCAAUGGCACGCCCGAGAAGUUCUACGACGCGCAGGACGUGCUCGAGCAGCACCGGGACUCUCUCGAACGCACGCGUACCGGGGGGAGCAAGCCCGGGCGGCUGAGCUCGGUGUUCAGCAGCGUGCUGAGGCGACACAGCACCACGAGGUCCACGGCGGGAGAGCGAGCCGCAGCCGACGACGGCCCUGAGCCGACUGGCCCAGUCGGCUGCUUUUCUCUCAAGCGCGCCGAGGACCGGACGCAGGUCGAGGCUGUCCUCGCGCACGCCCUCGGCCCCACCGCGCCGCUCCCGAUGGCCGGCUCGUCGAUGCGCACGGUCCGCGCGGCGCACGGCGAGGACGGCGUGGACGUUGCCGCCGGCGCUGAGGCCGAGCUGCAGCAGUGCUGGUGCAACUGCCACGGCGCGGCGUUCCAGCUCCGGUCGCAGCAGUACAUGAAGACGCGCGUGAAGGAGGCCGGCGGCGCGUCGAUCUACCAGCUCGCGCACACGGAUUACUUCCACACCGCCAAGCGCGAACACAACAUGGCGCGCCGGAUGCUCGUGCCGCCCGCGGAGGGCCCCCUCGAGGUCAAGGGCUUCCCGCGCUGGCUCGCCGUGCACUCCCAGUUCCCCUUUUACAACCCCCCCUUCUUCAGCCGCGGGGCGGAUGGUGUCGGGUCUUCCUUUGUUCUUUGGUUCGCGCUGCCCGACGGGUUCGACCCCGACGCGUACCCCAACCAGGCCGCCAUCUCGCUGAUGCGCAAGUUCUUCAAAGACGAGGCCGCGCUCGACGGGAAGCCCGCGCGCGACCGCCUGAAGCUCGUCCACCGCAUCGCGAACCUCGAGGAGUUCAUCACCAAGGCGAGCAUCUCGCGCGCCGAGGCCGGCCUCAUGCGGCGGUACAACGGAAAGCCGAUCCUGACGCGGCCGCAGCACGCGUUCAAGCACCACGCGGACCUCGGCAUCCUCGAGAUCGAGAUCAACGUGCACGAGUGGGCGUUCCCCGCGCGGAAGGUGUUUCACGGCUUCAUGGACAGGUUUCGGCACGCGGUGCUCGACCUGGCGUGGGUGGUGCAGGGGGACCACGCGGACGAGCUGCCGGAGGUCGCGCUGUGCGCGGCGCGCGGGUUCCGGAUGCGCGUGCUCGACCCGGGCACGCCCGCCGCGCCGCCGGACGUAGGCGGCAGCGAGGGGGCGCGCGCGCACAGCGGGAGCGCGGAGGACGGCCCGAACCGGUCCACGCUGCCCGACGAGGGGGACAUCAGCAGCCGGCAGAUCUCGCUUGACGCCGCUGCGUAG